GGGUCUUGCAAAAAAUCGUCUUAGUGGAACGAUUCCUUCUACAAUUGGCAAUAUGACUGCAUUGACUUACCUGUCACUUGCGUACAACCAGAUCGUUGGAAGCUUACCUGCCAGCCUCAGCAGACUGACAGACAUGCAGACCCUACGGACCCAGCUUGGUGCCAACAUGCUUGUGUGGUGCGGGAUCGGUGCGGUAUGGACGAGGCGACUGUGUUCUACCACCAG